AUGUCUGCGGAUAUGGAAGAAACCCCGCAACUCAAUCCUGCCAAUCUGGAACUGGAUGAUGAUAACAACAACAACAAUGACGACUAUCAUGAAAUAGACGAAACAGAAAUUACUGAGGUCGCCGCUAUGGAGAAUGUUGAAGAACUGGACGAUGAUGAUCAUCAUAUCAAUAGUGAUGCCGAUAAUAAUAAUAAUAAUGAUGACAACAACAACAAUGAGAGUCCUACAAGUGAUCCUUCAAUGCCAACAGUGGGAAAAGAAACAGAGAAUGAUGAACUCUCGGAAACACCAGAGAAUAAUAAUAAUAAUGUAGAUACAACAGAGGAUGAACAUUAUGAGAUUGGAGAUAAACCACCAAUUAUGGAUAAUGAAGAUCCCAACACGGGUGCUAACAAACUACAGAAUGCAGAAGAGUCUGAUAGUAUGAAAUCUCAUGAUCAAUGCGAGAUUGGAGAUCAUACCUGCACAGAUGAGAAGGCCGAUCAACAAGAAAAAGAACAAGAAGGGGAAAAACAAAAAGAAGAAAAAGAGGAACGAGAAGAACAGAAGGAGGAGAAGAAGGAAGAAGAACAGAAGGAAGAGGAUAAUGUACAUACACGGGAAAAAUCAGAUGAGAUGAGUAAAAUAAAGACCAAACAGGAUUCCCGUCCUAAUAGCGGAUCCAGCAACGACAGCAGUAAAAAAGAACCACAACAAAAGGAAGAACAACAGCAACAAAAAGAACAACAACGAACCAAAAUUAGAAAUAGUAAAAAAGUAAACACAACAGAAUCAUCUGCAAAGACUACAAAAACUGGCCCGCAUGUGAGUUCACGUCCUACGGUUGAGGAGAAACAACAUUCCUCUUCUUCCUCUCCACAAACCGCCAAACUUGAACCCAUUAAUAAACCCUCUUCCCCGCAGGAGAGGAGUGGCCAUAGUGGGAUCCCACACCGGCAAAAUAGAAUGCCCUCCAAACCACGAACUUCACCCAGCAGCACUUCACUACCCAAUGUGAAGAAACCAUACCACUAUCAUAAUAAUAACAACAAUAAUAACAAUAGCAAUAAUAAUAACAGUCAACAACCGAAUCAACCUUCUUCUUCUUCUCAGCAUACACCGCGACAAGCAGUAAAGAAAGAGAAAACACGUUCUCCUGCUCCUCCUCCUGUUGUUGCGGCUGCGGCUGCGGCUCCUGUUUCUGAUAAUAAUAAUAAUAAUAAUAAUAAUAAUAUUAAUAUUAAUAAUAAUAAUAGGAAUGAGCAUGGAAAUAGGAGUUCAUCUCCUGCGGCGGAUUUGGCUGUUUACAAUGAUGCUGCUGCUGCCCCUGAGACAAGUGGAAAGCAACGACAUCAUAAACGCAAACAUGGACGACAUCAUCAAAAACAGAGUACUAAUUCUAAUACUAAUAACCCUAAUGAUGAUCAACAACAUCACAGUCGUCGUCGUCGUCGUCGACAGCAAAAACAACAACUACGUGAGAGCUCAAUGAUGGAAAGCACGGAAGAUGGAGAUGGAAAAACAUAUGAUCGUGAGGAGGAUCCCCAAAAUCGUGAGAGUGAGGAGUACAUUGCCCUUAUUAAAUACUAUGAUGAACUUUAUAAGGGCGAUAGCAAUCUUGCUAGACUACGGCAGAUAUUAUCCGCUGGAGAUAUGAGACGCACAAAGGAAAGUAAAUCCUCACGGAAUUUAAGGCGAGGCUAUCCCAAUCAACAGGAACCCUCAUCCUCACAAGAGCAAACUGAACAAGAAGGUGAAGAAAAGAAAGAUGAACAAGGACCAAGUUAUGAACAAGAGAAUAGAGAUAAUAAUAACAACAAUAAUAAUAAUAACAACAAUACAACAGGCAAAGAAGGGGAUGAGAGGAAACGGUGGUUCCCAAUCUCACGUGGGGCAAAUCAUCUCACGACGAUGAGUACCGUACCUUUACAGUCCAGUAAACGAGAUACACAAACAACAACAACAGCAGCAGCAGCGGCGGCGGGUGAUGAAAGAGAAGAUUCCUUCCAGCAACAAGAAGAAGAGAGAUCUCCACUGCAAGACUCUCGUAAAUCCAAAACGUAUCUUCCCGCUCCUCGUGGACCUCCGGUGAGACGUCCACAAGAUGUAUAUCAACGCUGUCUACAACAACUCAUUGAAUACAGCAACAGUGGAAAUGAGUCCUCUGCACAGUUAAGUUACAGUUACUCAUGUAUUUUAUCAGGGACAUACAAACACGGUGGGCCACGAUCUCCAGAGUUAAAAGAAACCACUGUGCGGUAUACCCCACCAACUCCAACCCCUCCACCAUCUCAAUCUCAACAAUCUCAAUCUCGAUCUCAAUCUCAACAACAGAAGAAAGAGACUGUUGAGCAUAUGUAUACAACGGAGGCCCAACUGGAGCGGGUCUAUGGUGUUUCCCCGCAUGUAAAACAUACAAAUAAUCCCGCAAGGGAAGCGAAGAGGCAAAAAGAACAAAGUGAAGUACAACCAGAUCAAGAAGAGGAAGAAGAAGAAGAAAAACAACAACAACAACAACAACAACAAAGAAAGAAGAAGGAAGAAGAGGAAAAGGAAAAGCAGAAAAAGAAAAAGAAGCAAAAGGAGCAGCGAAAGAAGGAGGAAGAACAGCAAGAAUGUGAUCAUGAGGAUUUUCAAGAGUUGGAAUAUAAUCCAAUCGAUCAUAGAACUAGCGAUGAGAACAGCUUUAACAGUGCGCAUGUAUUGAGAAGAGAGGAGGAGGAAGAUGAGGCGACACCCAAAGAGAAGGAAGUAGCGCAGGAACUUGUUAUUUAA